AUUCUCAGCAAAAUUCCAUCCCAUUUCCGUCCUGUCGUCUUCUACACGCCGAAGGAGCUUUGUGGCCUUGGAAUGCCUUCAAUGGUUCAUGUUCUCAUCCCACAGAUUGACUUGCGAUGGUCCAAGCAAACUGAUGUCGGAGUUACUCAUUCCCACGCUGGUAUGACCCACGAGGAGGACCAAUUGAUUCUGAACUUGUACAGAUAUCUUCAGCCAUGA